AUGGCCACUGCUAUGGUAGUAACGGAUACAUUUCAUGCAAAGGUUGACGAUAAGGAUUUUGAAAUUUUUUGUCUGAUUUGGCUUGAUGCUAAUACCAAUGCUAAUGAUAAUCGAGACACUGAACAAAAGCUACGCUCCAUUAUCAAUCGUCUCAAGAAAUUUCAACAUGCCAAUGAAUGUCAAAAGUAUAUUGAAGAGCGAUCACAACAUGAACGGGUCGUCAUGAUUGUGAGCGGUACAUUGGGACAAGAAAUAGUUCCUCGUAUUCAUAAACAUCGACAAGUUAUAUCAAUCUAUGUUUAUUGUUUCGAUAAGAAACGUAACAAAGAAUGGGCUGACAAAUACGGAAAAGUAAAAGCUGUUGUUACAGAACUCGAUGAACUCAUUUCUCGAAUUCAAGCAGAUCAUAAAAUUCAGAAAAUGGUAGAAGAACCGUUUUCCAUUAAUGUUUAUAAUAUCAGUGGUGACGCAGGAAAAUCAACAGGUAGUGUUAACGAAGAUAUUAAUGAACUUAUUAAGCAUUGCAAAGAUAUAUAUGAAGGCAAUCAUUUUGAAUUGAGCAACAUUCGUGAAUUUAAAAAAGAUUAUUCAUCUGACAAAGCCUUAUGGUGGUAUUCACGACAAAUGUUUUUUUACAAGACUCUUAACGCAAUACUACGCACUGAAAAUAUACAUAUGAUAUUUUUAUUUCGUAAAUUUAUCGGUGAUAUUCAACGUUUAUUAAUAAAGCAUCAAGUUGAUCGUCGUGUUCGGGUUUAUCGAGGACAAGUGAUGUCAAAAAAUGAACUAGAAGGUCUAAAAAAAUGUCGUAACCAAUUUAUUUCGGUGAAUUCAUUUUUUUCCACUAGUACUAGUUAUCGGCAAGCUCUUUCAUUUCUUAAUAUUCCUGAUGACGCAACUGAUCUUGAACCGAUCAUAUUUGAAAUCGUUGCUGAUCCUAAAAUGGUUGGUACAAAACCAUUUGCUGAUAUCAGUCGACAUAGUGAAUUUCCUGGUGAAUCGGAAAUACUUUUCAUGUUAGGCUCUAUUUUUCGUUUAAACAGUGUCGAGCAUAAUGAUAAUGAUCAAGUAUGGGUCAUCAAAAUGACUUUAUGUAGUGAGAACGAUAGUGAUUUAAAAAACGUCCUAUUAGAUAUGAAAGAACAAGUUGAAAGUGAAGAAAUUAAUCUAUACACAUUAGGAAAACUAGUAUGGAACAUGGGAAGAUUCGAUUUAGCUGAAAAAUAUUUAAAUGCUUUUUUGAAACAACUUCCAACAAAUGAUCCAUUGGUUGGUAAACUGUAUGAAGAUCUUACCAACGUGACAUCGCAAGCUGGUGACUAUGACAAAAGUGUUCAAUGGCGUCAAAAAGCUCUUGAAUUCAAAAAAUCAAAUCAAAAGCUUGUUAGUUUAAGUACUAAUAUCAAAAAAAGUAUUGCGAUAAAUACUAUUAGUUUUGCUGCUUAA